AUAGGUCAGGAAGAUUAUGACAGACUGCGUCCAUUAAGUUAUCCACAAACAGAUGUGUUUCUUGUUUGUUUCUCAGUUGUGUCUCCUUCGUCGUUUGAAAAUGUUAAGGAGAAAUGGGUACCAGAAAUAACGCAUCACUGUCAAAGGACCCCAUUUUUAUUAGUAGGGACCCAGAUUGACUUGAGAGAUGAUGUAGCAACGAUCGAAAAACUUGCAAAGAACAAACAAAAGCCCAUAUCCAUUGAACAGGGUGAAAAACUUGCCAAGGAAUUGAAAGCUGUAAAAUAUGUUGAAUGCAGUGCUUUAACUCAGAAAGGAUUGAAAAAUGUCUUUGAUGAAGCUAUUCUCGCUGCAUUAGAACCACCAGAGCCUCCUAAAAGCAGGAAGUGUUUUCUUUUGUAAGAUGCCCUAGUCUAGUGUUCAGCCAGUCAUUGCGUGGAUAUUGACGCACUUGAAGCUGCUGUGUUCGAUGCGACAACGGCAAUUAACUCUUGUGCGGCUAGUUAAUCAGUAAUUACAACAUCAGAGCCAGACAACACAUUCCGAAAUUUUGAGAAAGAAAAAAAAAACAAUUGAAUUAGAGAUUUUUGAGACUAUGUAUCGAGUGUAAUUCGACAAAUCGGCGAUUGUCGAUUUUUUUAUCACAUUUCCCUAAUGAUAAUCUCCAGGUACUACACGCUCGCGUAUAAUAUACUCAUUUGCGUAAAUUUAAGCCGUGAUUUUGGCACUUUUUGACAAAUUCUAUUGAGUAUAUAUGUGUAUAAUAUAUACUAAGGGAACACACAACAUAGUGCAUUUUCGGGACCGCACCUAAUUCGUUAUUUUUCUGUAUUGAACGAUGAAAUUUUGAAAAAAUGAUUCGCCGGCACAUAGAACUGACUGAUUUAAUUAGGUAAUUUAAUUACUAUCGUUAGUUGACAGUUGCAGUAACCCAUUAUAAUUAAUAUUCUAAUUAUUACUAAUAUAUUAUAAGCAACUGUGCGACGUCGAGAGUACGGGUAUGUAUGAUUUUAAAAUAGU